UCACACCGUGUACGGUGGAAUUCGGAGUAGGUAAGGGGGAGGGGCCUUCAUUGCCCCCUAUCUCACGGUUCCAGCGCAACACUCUUCUUCCUGCAGACAACAUACACACUGCACGAGGCGCUUCGCUCACACACCAGCAGCACGUCGCCACAGCUGUAGCAGCGCUGCUCAGUCUCCGGGGGCUGUGGGAGAUCCGAGCGAACAGGGAAGCAGGGCCCACGGGGAGUCGGGGACCCAGCAGUGUGAGGCUUGGCAGGAGUCAGGACAUUCACACCGAGCGAACACCGGGGGGGAAACCGACACUGAGAGAGGAAGAAGGGAGGGAGGCACCUUCUGAAAAAUACACACAACUCUCUCUUUCCUCCUAAUUUCAAAACACUUCCGCGUUAAAAUGGCUGACCGCGAGCAGGGCAGCAGCGACGGAGAGAGCUCGAGCACCGGGGGAUCCGAGCGGCGGGAGAGCGGGGCCGCGAGGGGCUUCGCGCGCCAAGGAGCUCUGCGCCAGAAGAACGUGCACGAGGUCAAGGACCACAAGUUCAUCGCGCGCUUCUUCAAGCAGCCCACGUUCUGCAGCCACUGCACGGACUUCAUCUGGGGCUUCGGGAAGCAAGGUUUCCAGUGUCAAGUGUGUUGUUUCGUGGUCCAUAAACGCUGUCAUGAGUUCGUCACCUUCUCCUGUCCGGGUGCCGACAAGAACGCAUCAGACGACCCGAGGAGUAAACACAAGUUUAAGGUCCAUACCUACUCCAGCCCUACGUUCUGUGACCACUGUGGAUCCCUACUCUACGGGUUGAUACACCAGGGCAUGAGAUGUGACCAUUGUAUGAUGAACAUCCACAACCGAUGUGUGUCUAAUGUUCCCAGUCUGUGUGGAACGGACCACACUGAGAGGAGAGGACGCAUCCAGAUCACCGCAGAUAUCAAGGACAACAAACUCACCGUCUACAUCCAGGAGGCUUGUAACCUGGUCCCCAUGGACCCUAACGGUCUGUCCGACCCCUACGUGAAGCUCAAACUCAUCCCCGACCCCAAGAGUGACACCAAGCAGAAGACCAAGACCAUCAAGUGUAACCUGAACCCCACCUGGAAUGAGAGCUUCACAUUUCCUCUGAAGGACUCUGAUAAGGACCGGCGUCUGUCGGUGGAGAUCUGGGACUGGGAUCUGACCAGCAGGAACGACUUCAUGGGAGCGCUCUCAUUCGGCAUCUCAGAGCUCCAGAAACAAGGAGUGGAUGGAUG